UUGGCUCAGGGGGCGGCGAUUUGGGGUGGUGUCGGAGAGGUGGCGUUCUGCCUCCCCGUCAAGGUGCGGUCGUUUCUUCGCGGCUGCGACGGCGAGGACGGCUGGAGAUCGAUCGCCGACGCUAGGGCUGCAGCGGAUCGCGACUUUCCUCGACCUGGUGCGGCUGAGACUUGUGGCAUCUCGAACGGCUCUCCGGCGCGGUGCUGUUCGUAUGCGGGGCCAUCGCCGGUGGUCUCGUCAACGGGAGAAAAGUGUUCGCGAUGGGCUGCUCGGAGGCUAUCCCAAACAAAUUUACCCGGUUACGGUUUUUUGGAUUUUUUGUUUUCUUGUACGAUUGAAAAUCGAUUGGUCUUGCGAUUUCGAGCUUCGGAAAUGGCUUGGGGAUCAUGA